AUGAUCUGCUUCCCUAUCUGCUUUGUCUUCCUCUUCCUUGUGCCUCUCUGUGACGGUCUUUUUGGUAUCGGCAGAAUGCAAUCGGUCGCAGUUCAAGGCACACUUGAGUGUAAUGGAGAACCGGCAAGAAAAGUAAAGGUGAAACUCUAUGACAAAGGAGUACUUAUCGAUAAGAAGUUGGAUCAGGGACGAACGGACAGCACGGGAUGGUUUCGACUUUCGGGAUCAAAGCGAGAAAUCACCAGAAUUGAUCCGAAACUCAACAUCUACCACAAGUGCUCAUACCACGGGGUGUUUUCAAGGCCUCAGUGGGAGCCAGGAGAUGCCAUUGGGGUCAUCAUGCGCAAAGUUGGUCAGACGGGAGCACUGGGUGGUAGUAUAGAGAUCUUCACGAGACUCGUUGACUUAGUUUUUCAGAUGUAUUCGAUCCUCUUUGCCUUCCUCGCCUUUGUGCCUCUCACUGACAGUCUUUUUGGCAUUGGCAGAACGCAGUCAGUUGCAGUUACGGGCAGACUUCAAUGUAAUGGAGUUCCGGCAUCAAAUGUGAAGGUGAAACUCUAUGAGAAAGAAAUGACUUUCGAUAAGAAGUUGGAUGAAACAAGAACGGAUGGCAGUGGAUGGUUUCGACUUUCGGGGUCGAAGAAUGAAAUCACCAACAUUGAUCCGAAACUCAACAUCUACCACAAAUGUGGCUAUAAAGGGCCAUGCUACAAAAAACUGAGCCUCGACAUUCCCAGCAAAUUCAUCACACGUGGACGAUAUCCGAAGAAAACUUACGACAUUGGAACUUUGAAUCUUGCCUCCAAGUUCAAAGGACAAACGAUAGAUUGUAUCAACUGA